CACAGCUGAACCAGCAAACGCGAUGAAGGCUGGUCUUUUCUUUGUUGUAUUCCUGUUAUUCCCAUCAUGGUCAUCAGCACAGCGUCCUAACAUCGUGUUCAUUGUGGCAGAUGACCUAGGUUGGAAUGAUGUUGGUUUUCGGAAUCCUGACAUGAAGACCCCAAACAUCGACAAACUGGCCACAGAAGGAAUCAUCUUCGAAAAUGCAUAUGUCCAGCCUCUGUGCAGCCCAUCACGUACCGCCUUUAUGAGUGGAAUGUAUCCAUUCCACGCAGGUACACAGCAUAGGACGGUGUUCCCUGACCAAGCAGUGUGUGUGCCCCUCAACUAUACCUUCCUACCCCAGCAACUAAAGGCACUCGGCUAUGCUACGCACAUGAUCGGAAAGUGGCAUCUAGGCUUCUGCAAGUGGGAGUGCACACCAACCUACCGAGGCUUCGAUAGUUACUUUGGAUUCUAUAAUGCGCAUGAAGACUACUUUAAUCACACUGUUGGGCCCUACUUAGAUUAUAGAGACAAUACCCUUCCGGCAAGGAACUAUUCAGGACAAUAUUCUGCUAUCACAUUUGCCCAGAGAGCCGUUGACAUCAUCAACCGACAUGACGUUUCACAGCCACUGUUUAUGUACCUUCCAUACCAGAAUGUACAUGCGCCUAUUCAGGUACCUAAGACGUAUGAGGACAUGUACCUGAAUGUGAUUAAUGAAGGGCGAAGAAUUUUCAGUGGAAUGGUGUCUGCCCUGGAUGAGGCUGUUGGAAAUGUCACCAAGGCCCUGAAGGAUCGGGGCUUGUUUAAUAAUACUCUCAUUUUAUUCACUGCAGAUAAUGGCGGUCCAAUUGAAUGGUAUGCGAACAACUGGCCCCUGAGAGGGGGAAAACACACGAUCUGGGAGGGGGGCACGAGAGGGACGUCCUUCAUAUAUGGUGCUGGACUCAAGAAAACGAAGACGACAUACGAUGGGAUGAUCCACGCUGUCGACUGGAAGCCUACUAUAGUGUCUGCAGCUGGGGGAACUCCAGAGACAACCAUUGAUGGAAUGAGUCACUGGGAUUCUAUUCGAUACGGCCUCCCGUCGUCAAGGACAGAGUUCAUCUACAACAUUGACGACUUUGAAUUCCCAGACGAAGGUCAUGCUGGAAUAAGAGUAGGAGACUACAAGCUGAUCCUCGGAUACCCUGGAGGUCCUGAUGGCUGGCACAGACCCAUGAACAGGACCGAGGACGACAAAUAUGAACAGAGAGUUUACCUCAAAGGAGAUCUGCCAGUCCAGCUCUUCAACAUUCGAGAGGAUCCGACUGAGCACAAUGAUCUUGCACAGCAGAUGCCAGACAUGGUUGCCAAGUUGCGUGCCCGGUUUGAGGACUACAAGAAGACGAUGGUGCCAGCCAACUUCCCCGACCCGGAUCCUGCAUCUGACCCCAGAAAGUUUGGAGAUGUUUGGAGUCCCGGAUGGUGCUAAAGUGAAUAUGUCAACAUUACUACAUAAUUAUGAAUCAUGCCAUAAAGUGUGUUUUUUACUCUGUACGAAUGUGCAAAAUGAAAAUCGUCAUUUUGUUUA